GCCUCCGGGCAGCAGCUGCCUCCUCCCCGGCCGCGGGCAGGGCCAGCAGCCCGCAGCUGCCCGGGGCGGGCCGGCAAUCCGGGGCCCGAGGCGGUACAAAGCCCCGGCGCUGCGGCAGCCGCCGCCCGGCCUGUGGGGACUCGCUUCGGGCGCCGCCGCCAUGGGGUCGUGCGGGGCUUUGCAGAGCUUUCUUUUCGAAUACGACACCCCCCGCAUCGUGCUGAUCCGGAGCCGCAAAGUGGGGCUCGUCAACCGCGGGGUGCAGCUCGCCAUCCUCGCCUACGUGAUCGGUUGGGUCUUUCUGUGGGAGAAGGGCUACCAGGAAACAGACUCUGUGGUCAGUUCAGUAACCACAAAGGUGAAAGGAGUAGCACUGACAAACACAUCCACCUUGGGAGCCAGGAUCUGGGAUGUAGCUGACUAUGUCAUCCCUCCUCAGGAGGAGAACGCUGUGUUUGUCAUGACCAAUGUGAUACUCACACUGAACCAGAGCCAAGGCCGCUGCGCAGAGCUUCCAGAUGAUAGUACAGAGUGCAAGGGGAAGACUGACUGUGUUCCAGGACAUGCCAGCACCCAUAGCAGUGGCAUCCAGACUGGAGAGUGUGUACCAUACAACAGCAGUGUUAGUACCUGUGAAGUCUUUGCAUGGUGCCCUGUGGAGGAUGACUACCAUGUACCCAAGCCAGCAUUCCUGCAAGAAGCUGAGAACUUCACCAUUCUGGUGAAGAACAACAUUUGGUACCCCAAGUUCAACUUCAGCAAGCGAAACAUCCUCCCCACUAUCACCUCCACGUACCUCAAGAACUGCAUCUAUGACUCCCAGACAGAUCCCUUCUGCCCCAUCUUUCGUUUAGGCCAGAUAGUUGAAGCUGCUGGGCAGAACUUCCAGGAAAUGGCUGUGGAGGGUGGAGUCAUGGCAGUGCAGAUCAACUGGGACUGCAACCUGGACAGAGCUGCUUCCCUCUGUGUGCCAAAGUACUCCUUCCGGCGCCUGGACAACAAGGACUCUGCCCACACCGUCUCUCCUGGCUACAACUUCAGGUUUGCAAAAUACUUCAGGGAUAGUGAUGGCACUGAGUCACGGACGCUUGUCAAAGCUUAUGGCAUCCGCUUUGAUAUCAUAGUGUUUGGAAAGGCAGGGAAAUUUGAUGUAAUUCCUACCAUGAUUAACAUCGGCUCUGGCUUAGCGCUGUUCGGUGUGGCAACAGUGCUGUGUGACAUUGUUGUUCUCUAUUGUAUGAAGAAGAGGUACUACUAUCGGGAGAAGAAAUACAAGUAUGUGGAGGAUUAUGAACUGACAGCAGCUGUUACUGGAGAGCUGUCAAAGCCACUGCUCCUGUCUCUUUUGCCUGGAUUCUAUCAGCAAGAGUGCUGCUGCAGCUCCAGCAUCUCCUCCACCUUGGUUCUCCUACCACCUUCUCUGUCUGGUGUGUUUCCAAGUGAAGAAACUUAAGAGGCUGGAGAGGGGGAGGUGGUAGCCUAAGACAGCCUUAGUCAGAGGCAAGUGUCAUCUCUUGGAAGCCCCACUGUCUCCUUCCCUGGCCCCCAUCCCAUGCUUGUUACCACCCCACCCUGGUUUGGGGCUGCUGUAUUUAAUGGUUUGGGUUUUUUUAAUUUGAUUUAAGUAGGUUUGUUGGCUUUUAUCUACUCAGGGCCUUGAGCAGCUCUAGUGAUCACUCUGGCUCACAAGGUAUAGCUCUUCCCUUCCUCUGACUCAGCGUCUUUCCAAGAGUCAGCUUAUGAAUGGAGCUGUUUGGAUCAUGCAGUGGCUACAAGCACUGUGGUCCUGUCCUCAUCCCAGAUCCCCAGCAGUGGUACAGCAGCAGUCUUCACUAACACAGAAAGAUGUUUUCAGACUCCUCUUCCAACAUGGAAAUUCUCAGAGCUUGAUAAAGACGAGUCAAACACGACAAUGGUUCCACGUGAUGGACUAACUAUAGGUUUGGUUGCAUGUCAUUUAUUUCAACUUGUACAGAGAAGCUUGAACAGCCAUGUGGAAAAACAUGUAGUUGCUGGCUGGGUUUUUCUUCCUUUCUUCUUAGGUAAAAUAAUUUAAAAGUGGUAAAUACACAGUAUUUAAACUUGAUACACCUGAUAAAGUUAAAUGCAUAAUAAAGGGGAUAGGAAUGAAACACAAGCCU